AAGCGAUUUUUUAAAAUGACUGGCAGAGGCAAAGGUGGUAAAGGUUUAGGAAAAGGUGGCGCUAAGAGACACAGAAAAGUUCUCCGUGAUAACAUCCAGGGUAUAACUAAACCCGCUAUCAGAAGAUUAGCACGACGUGGUGGAGUUAAACGAAUCUCUGGCCUUAUCUAUGAAGAAACUCGAGGUGUACUCAAGGUUUUCCUCGAAAAUGUUAUCAGGGAUGCUGUAACCUACACUGAACACGCUAAAAGGAAGACUGUUACAGCGAUGGACGUCGUAUAUGCUUUGAAACGUCAAGGACGCACCCUGUACGGAUUUGGAGGUUGA